AUGGAGAGGAACGACUGCAAACAUGGUGGUCGUCAUUUUCGUCAUUCACAUGUUAUUUGGCAGGUCACUCAUCACCUGCAUGUGCCUGUUCUGGCCGGCAAGCUCGUCCCGAAUCAUUGGAGGGGAUGCGCGCCGUUGGUUGAUUUCAUGCCUUUCUCCCCCAGACAGCGUGUUCUGCGGUCGCUCAUAGUUCUAUGGCAUCCCCCUGAUGCACCCUGGGUGGAGCUGAACACAGACAGUGCAUUCUCUACAUCGACAUUGGAGGCAGGGGAGGGAGGGUUGGUUCGUGGUUCUGAUGGAGGCCUUCUGCGGGCCUUCUGUGCUCCGAUAUCUGCAUCAUCAAGCGUUGAAGCGAAGCUUUUGGCUCUGAUUCGGGGUUUGGAGAUGGCUAUGGAGCUCUCUACUCACAUUUGGAUAGAGUUGGACUCAGCAACUCUGGUUAGUUUGUUAUCUUCUGGACAUCUUGGCUCCGCAGAUUUUAGACAUCAUAUGACUUUGAUCCGGAGCAUGACAUCUCAGCGGCACGUUCGCUUCUCACACAUCUACAGAGAAGGGAACCGGGCUGCAGACUUUCUGGCAGGUAGGGGGUCCAGACCCCUGCCCUUACAUACUUUGAUCCAAUCUCUGCGCCUCGGUACCUGA